GCCUUCACAGAAAACGUGGGAAUCGAUUGUUUUGAUUAGAUGCUGAUAGAUGGCAGCAGUAAUGAUCACCACCACUGGCUGUGUUUAUGCCGAGAUGUCAUCCUCCAUUAAUGGCUAAUAUACUCCAGCAGGAGGCCGCGGUGCUGACCUGACCUCUCGUGGCCGUGUGAGGAGGGCGCGCGGGCCUGCUGGCGGCCUGGCCUCCCUCCACCAUGCAGCACCUGCCGGAGAUCCUGGAAGGCAGGAUGAACCAGGACCAGUUUCUUCUUAAGUGGAACAACCACCAAAAUAAUUUUGUUGAAGUAUUCAGUUACUUGCGCACACAAGAUGCUUUUGUUGACGUUACUCUGGCUUGUGAUGGAAAGUCUUUCUCAGCACACAAGGUCGUCCUCUCGGCAUGUUCACCUUAUUUCCAGACACUUUUUCAGACUAAUCCAUGCAAGCACCCAAUUGUCUUCCUGAAGGAUGUCAAGGGCCAGGAGUUGGAAGCUCUUAUAGAGUUUAUAUAUAAAGGAGAGGUGAGUGUGUCUCAAUCCGAGCUGGCUUCGUUAAUAAGCACAGCAGAGAACCUCAAGAUCAAAGGUCUGGCUGAACCGGACAGACCGGCGGAGAAGGUGGUCAAGAGAAUAGGCUCUCCUAACCGGUCCCAGAAUCCUACCUUACCUCCUCAGUCCACCCCACCGACGGCCAUUGCGGUGGGUGUGGGGCUGAACCAGCACCUCCAAGUGUCAAAAUACCCCCCAUCUAGUCCCGUCGCCAAACGGAAAAAAACUGAGCAAUUUAAUGUUCAAAGUAGUUAUGUUGGUGUUAGAGAAAACCAGGAGGAGGUUGUGACAGUGGAGGCGGGGAAUGGUGAGAACUUGAGCCUCCGGGGGGAGAACCUGAGCUUGCGGGGUGAGAACCUAAGCCUGCGAGAACACCCAGCGCCGCAGGUGGUGUUAGUGCCGUCACAUGAGCCACCACCGCACCAGCCGGAGAUCACCUCUCAUGCACCACAGCCGUAUGCUAGUCACCACUGUCCCAUUGCCACAUCCGACGGCGUCCUCUACUCGGUCUCAGGGACGGCUAUCUAUGCGGGGACGGCCCAAGUCAGCUCGUCGAGUCGGGUAGAGCAGCUGCCACGGGAGGUGUACCCACAAACAGAGCAAUACCACAGCAGUGACGAGGGGACUGUGCCGGGGCCAUCGGGGGUGCAGGCUCAGCCACACACCGACUCGUCGAUGACUAUAAAAUUAGAACCAGCGACGGCUGGCGUGUCUACAGAGAACUGGGAAGGCAGCAAUCAGAGCUAUGAGGAUGGAGGGGGGAGCAGUAGUGGGGGAGUGGUGGCCUCGGCAGGGGACCCCAUGACCAUGCCUCUCCCCCUCCACUCCGACAUAGCUGAGUCCUCACAACUCCACGACUCCUCAAGAGGGUCGUGUGUGUCUGCCACUGCGCGCUGUCACGACAUGUCGGCCUAUACCAUUGGAAGUGGUGGGGAGGUGGUUGGAGGGAGUGGUGGAGGGGAAGGCGGUGGCACCAUUCGCAGACUGCUGGAGUGUGAACAUUGUCACAAGCACUUCACGUCUCGGUUCAACCUGCAGCGCCACCAGCUGAUCCACACGGGUGCGAAGCCGUACGAGUGUCCCCUGUGCCACCAGCGCUUCAACCAGUCCGGGCACGUCAAGACCCACCUCCGCACCCGCCACCCUACCCAGGAGGCUCAGUCGCUGGCGGAGCUGGCGAAGCUGUAGCCUUUAGCCCCCGGACCCUUGGUGGUGGCCUGUUCGUCCCAGGAUAUCGAGGACCACCCCGGCGCCCUGAGUUGUGCAUCCCCGCAGACUCAUGAGCACUUCGUGGUGUACAGUCCCGUCCGGGCAGAACAGACCGCGGUCUGCGUCUCUCCUCAGCCCAAGGAGCAGCAAACAUUCAUCUUCAGACCUUUCCAAACCCAAGGUGUUCGGACGAUGGCUCUAAAACAGUACCAAGACCAGGACCACUCGUGUCCUCCUCAAAUUCACAACGAGACUCCCACGGCCACGUCGCCGCCUCAAGUGGCAGAAGAGCGCGGCAUUGUGACGACAUCCUGGCGGCCGCGUGACGUUGUUCCCUCCAGUUCUGGCGUCCACGUCGCCACAUCUCCCGCAGCGCCGCCAGUUGUUCAAAUCAUAUCUCAGACAGCUCCGGCAGACCACCAGCCCACCACAGUAGAAAUAGAGCUUGACGUGGAUCUGCUAAAAGCGUGGCCCUCGCAGGACAAACAGUACCAACCGUGAUGGGCCGCCGGUGCUUGUGGUGGCUGCGGCCCGGAACAUUGGCCUCGCCCACAAUAACUUGACGUGUGCAGUGAGUAAGUGGUGUAUAUUUUUUUCAGUGUCAGAGUUUGAGUGAAUGGAGUUUGGUACAGAAGUGACCGUGAGCGACACCGACACAAGUGACUGGCCAGGUGGACUCGGGAUAUACUCAUGACAGCAGCUCUUCUUCAGGUUACCUUAAUUUUUGUUAUAUUUAUUUAUAUUGUAAUUUAUUGUCCAGAGUUUAAUUAUGAUAAGUUAGAUAUUCGAAUAUGUGUUUGUUUAUAGAGACGGAGGCUCAGAAAACAACAACAACAACAGCAGCAGCAACAGCAGCAACGGGCGAUUGUGGUGGGCCUCCCCACAUCGUCCACGCGGACCACGGCGGUGGCGCCACCAAGCUUAGCGUUUAUUUGUAAUCUCCAUCAGGGCUCAGGCUCUCCAGGAAGUGCUGCUCAGCAUCAGCGCUACUGCUCAGGAAUAUAGAGAGUAAGACAGACUGGCCGCAGCACGGGUCAUGCUGUAGUGAUGCACUCAUUGUCUUCACGUCGUCUGAACGUAUUGUAGUUUUAGUUAUCUCCACACACAUACGCACAUACACGUCUUGACGUUUUCUCAGUUUAACAGUGGUGCGCGGGGGGCAGCGCCGCGAGACACUGCUUGGAUGCGUCAUGGCGUGAGUAGUGCAGCGAAACACCUGCUAGCACCAGGCAUUCCUCCCGCUCUUCCUCAGCCCCUAGUUCCCGCAGCGUGGCUCCACCCGCAGCCUCCCCUUCGGUUCAGUCACUUUGAUCUCGGCCACUGAUUGGUUCAGUGACUACUGAGAAGCGGCCGCGUAAGACGCGGAAGGAAUGGUGAAUACAGUACGAAAUUCCUUUGAUUUGAAAAUAUCGUUUAAGUUGUCAGUAGGCUGCGGUGUGGUGAGAAGCAUGAGCGAGAGGAAUCGGUAGGGGGAUGAUCCAUCUGAGUUUAGCGGCGGUGAGAGACGAGCCAACAGCAGCCGUCAGUUAUCACUCAGUCCAUGAGAGUUGCAGAAUGUUUGUCUAGAGUGUGACUAACGAACGUCUUCACUGGAUGCUGCCCAGACUUUCACGAGGCACGCUUUUCAGGAACUCUCAAGUGUUCCUGGCAGUUUAACAUGCGGAGACUAUGUCGCAAAACCCUCCACCAUGCAGAAAUAUUUCCACGCGCGAAGUAAGAUACGAACGAUGCGUAGAAUUUAAAAGUCCCCCUGAAAAAGACGGUAAUUCUCCCAAACCUUCACACACCUCGCAGCAGCAUCGCAGCGCCGCUGGGAGAGAGGGAUGGAGUGCUGCCCCGUGCCGCGCUGACACAUCACGUCUGUUUCGUUGGUUUGAUGACCCUGAGCCAAGUCAGGGAUUUCCACAUUUGCUUUGAUCGGUUUGCCAAUCGUUAGCUAACCUGUGCUGGAGAAUUUUGUGAGAUAAUGUUGAGACGCGGACGUGUCGUGGCGUGUAGGAGGCGUGCAGGCCUGCAGGCAGCGGACAGUAAGAGACGCUUCGAUGCUCCACGUCUUGGUGUGGGUGCCGCCGCCACAAGCAGAUGCACCAGGGCCUUCACCCCCUGAGCGGUGCGUGCCCGUCCCAGGCGUGGCACGACGCACACACCCGGUGCUCCCACUCACCACACCAUGCACGCCGAGAGCACAGAGUGGCGUCACUCAAACAGUCAUAACAAUAAUUGAAUUUGGCAGCUUCCUUCGUCGAAAAGUAACAAAUUUCCUUUUGUAUUUUUCUACAUGAAAGUGUUUGUACCGACGAACGCUCACCCUCGUCACGGUGAGGGAUCAACCCUUAAUUCACACACACACACACACACACACACACACACACACACACACACACACACUAGGCAUCGCCGCGGAGGGAGUCUCGCAGCCUCGGGGCAGGGCGAGGCUGCCGCCGCGCUAUUCAGAUUCAGGUUCAUAGAUUUAAAAUGUGAAUUAAUUUUAUAUUGCUGCUUGACACAAGUAAUUUUUUAAUGUCAUUUGAUAAUUUGUAAAUAUUUGCUUAAGUUUGUUUCUCUUAUUUCUAAGGAUAAAUUUGUGCCUCUGGUCCUCGUUUGGCACAAAUGUUCAGGGAUAUUAGGCUGAGGGAAUAAUAAUAAUAAUAAUAAUAAUAAUAGUAAUAAUCAGGUGUUGACGCUUGCUGACUACCAGACUACAACCACUACCAGUUCAAAUUGCGUUUCAUUCCUGGCUGUUUACUCUUACGACUCGAAAUCAGAAAGCAGUUUUUAUACAUAGAAGAUUUCCAGCACAUAUAUUUUUUUCCUACACUGACUUACCAUUGAUAAGUAGACGUAAGUUCUUGUUCUUGCUUUAGUACGCUACACGACUGUUUGUGAAUUGAAAGUUCAAAUUCAACCAGUGCGGGUUUUUCCUGGUUUUCUUGUACAGAGAGAGAGAGAGAGAGAGGGGGGAGGGAAAUAGGGAACACUAAAGUUAGGUUUUAACAAUAACAAAUCACAUGCAUAUACACACAAAUGAGAGAGAAAAAAAAAAAAGAAAAGGACAAAGAUUAAUUUUUUGCUCAUUUGUACAG